GCCCUAGGACCCACGACCCUUGGGGGCGAGAGCGAUGUGCCGGACCCGGGAGGGCAGUGUGAGAUGGUGGUGGGGGGAGAAACCAGUAGCUGGGUGAUGGAGGGGGAAACAGCGACGGUUCUCUGCAAUGGAGAACAGAGGUACCUCAUGGCCAGAGGCCAUUUUUUUGUUCCGCCUGGAGUUCCGGAUGGCGAAAUGGGGUAUAUAUGA